AUUUGGGUGAAAAAAACAGGAGAGAUAGGUGAAAAAUCUCAAACUUUCCCAUGCAUUGUUCAUCAUGGUAAAUGAGGUGAAUGUUGAUGACUUGAUGCUAUCAGUGAAGGUGUUUUCUGUUGCCAAACUCCAACCCAUAUUCCCAUUUCCUUUACUGCCUCAAUCAACCCAAAUUAGAGUGACAAAUACCGAGAUAAAAACCUAAAAAAUGAAAAAGAGGCGUUCGAUCAACCAACAAGGAGGUGGCAGCAGCGUCCGGCCGCGAACCACGGUGGUCCGAAGAUGCUUUCGGCGGCGGCCCGCGAUUUUCGGCAGCGGCUUAGGCUAAGGCAAGUGAUUCUAAUUAACCUCUGGUUUAAUCCCCCACUAGACUACCUAUCUCAAAUGUAAAUUAGAUAUACACAUAAUUCGUUUCACUUAAAUUGGCAUGUUGUUGUGAUUAUUCCUGCUAAUUUGCUAUGCGUAAUCUUCAGUUAUGAUAUUUAUUUAAACUACGGAGUACUAAUGUACUAUACAAAGUAAAUCGAAAUUCUAAUUAGAAAAUUAAUCCCACAGUUUAAUAACUACUCCGAAUCCCAGGAACUAGAUUCAGAACUACAGUACUCCUAUCAAAAUUUAGGUACGCGACGUCAUUGAAUCAAGAGUCAAGUAUCAGUCUUCUUUUGUUUUGUGAAUUUUUUGUAGAGCAGGGUAGGUUAGGAUAGUAUCAAUAAAGGUUAUUUGUGAAUAGUAUAAAAUAACACUUCGUAUGACAUUUUGGUAAAUAAAUGUUUGAAAAAAAAAAUAAUAUAAAGAAAACGAAAAAAGUGAAUUAAAUGAAUAAGAUAUGAGGUUAAUGGGAUAUAAUUUGAAGUUAACAGAAUAAAUGUGAGAUGUCUUAAAAAACUACUCUGAAGUAAGGUUAAAUAUCAAACGUAAAGAACAAAAAGAUGAUAAUUAUUUAAGAUUUUGCUAUGUGAUUUAUACUACUCAUCAAUAACAGUUAUUAAUUUGAAAUCACCCGGCUAGGUUAAACAAACCAACAAGGAUAUAGCGCGCGAGUUCAAUAACUAUUGUGUAGUUAAUUCCCUUAGUUCCUUUUUAAUCUUUAAGUUUGAUAUCGUACGAUAACUAACUACUUUUUACGUUCCUUUUUAAUAUUUAUGUGUGGUAUUAUAUACGUAAUUUAACGACUAGUGAAAAGAAAAACAAAAAAACAAAAGGACAUAGAUAACUAUAGUCCGUAGUACUCCGUAGUUAACUGCUGAAAACCGUCACACGACCUUGAUAACUAACGAGAAGCAAAUGGAACGACAACCUUAGAAUCACACUUUGGGAAAGUGAAAGAAUUAAUGUGGGGAGAAAACCUGUUGAGGAAUGACUAGACGAUGACCAAAUGCACCAAUCAGUGAUCAGAAGCCAUGCAAAACGUCUCUUUUCCCGUACAAUUCCUUAAUUUCCUUCCACCCUAAGUAUUUUUUUUGGUUAUAAAUAGCCCUGUUUUUUUUCUCUGUGCUAUCUCUUACUCCUCAGACUCUCAGUUUCUCUUGUAAUCUUUCUCUUCGAAUUUUUUUGAAUUGUGGAGGAGUAAACAAAAGCCAACAAUGGCUGCUGCGAAACAACACAUUGAAGAAAUUAGGAAAACCAGGUUUGAGAUUGGCAUUCGGAAGAAUCCUUUAAGUCAUACGUUAAGAAUGGCUGUCAAGUAUUUAUCUGCUGAACUUUACUCCAAAGAUGUUCAUUUUCUCAUGGAACUCAUUCAGAAUGCUGAAGAUAAUGAAUAUCCAACAGGAGUUGAUCCAUCCUUGGAGUUCUUGAUAACAUCCCGGGAUAUUACAGCCACAGGGGCUACAGCUACAUUGUUGAUUUUCAAUAAUGAAAACGGAUUUUCCCCCAAAAAUAUGGAAUCAAUUUGCAAUGUUGGUGAUUCUACCAAGGCUGGCAAUCGCAAAAGUGGUUACAUUGGAGAAAAAGGUAUUGGGUUCAAGAGUGUGUUUCUGUUAACAUCUCUUCCCUAUAUCUUCAGUAACGGCUAUCAAAUCCGUUUUAAUGAAGCACCAUGUCCUGAAUGUGAAAUCGCCUACAUAGUACCUGAGUGGGUUGAUUAUCCCUCUGUAUCUGAUAUCCAGCAAGUGUAUGGUUGUAAUAGAACCCUUCCGACUACAACAUUGAUAUUGCCUUUGAAGCGUGAUAAAGUCAAACCUGUUAAGGAGCAGCUUUCAAGUCUCCAUCCUGAGCUACUCUUAUUUCUUUCCAAAAUCAAGCGUCUUUCAGUUAAGGAACACAAUGAAAAUCCGGCCCUUAACACUAUACGAGCUGUUUCUAUUUCUACUGAGAGGGAUUUAGUUGCAAAGAAGGACAUUGAUGCUGAGUCGUAUACAGUUCAUUUGACGGCAGAAGAAGAAGGUCGUGGUUCUGAAGGUGAAUGUGGCUACUAUAUGUGGAGGCAGAAGUUUCGUGUCAAGGAAGAAAACAAGGUGGAAAAAAGGAUGGAACUUGAGGAGUGGCCUAUUACAUUGGCUUUUCCAUUUGGCAAGCGUCUGAAUAGAGGUAUGAUAUCUCCAGGAAUCUAUGCAUACCUUCCCACUGAGACGGUUACAAACUUGCCUUUCAUAAUCCAGGCAGAUUUUCUUCUUCCAUCAUCUCGAGAAACUAUUUUGUGGGAUGACAUAUGGAACCAAGGGAUUCUUGACUGCAUUCCUACUGCUUUUGUCAAUGCAUUUAUCACUCUUGUAAAAACGAGGGAAGAUGCACCUGCCUCCUGCCUGGCCUCCAUGUUUGAUUUCUUGCCUGUCAAUGCCGCGUGCCACCCUAAAUUAGAUGCAGUCAGGGAGUCAAUCAGGGAAAAACUGCUACUGGAAAAUAUUAUUCCAUCUGAACCACACUCUGACCAGAAAAUAUUCCACAAGCCUCAGGAAGUUGGGCGGUUGAGUCGUUCUUUUUGGAAGAUAUUGCUGAAGGCAAAGAAGGAAGGGAUCAAACUGCACAAUCUUUCAUCCCUAGGAAAGCAUAUAUUGCAUUCUUCUUUCGAUGAAGACAAGUAUAACAAUGCACUCACCUUCCUUGAUGUGAAACAUGUUGGCAAAGAGUGGUAUCCAAAGUGCAUCCAGAGUUGUAAUCUUGUCCUGGGCGUAGGGGAUGACAUUUAUAUCGAGUUGCUUCAAUUCCUUGCGCAAAACUGGACAUCACACUUUCAACAAAGCACUAUGAGAAGUAUACCCCUGCUGAAAUAUGUAGGCACUUCAGGAGAUGUAUCACUUCUAAGCAUUAAUGAUGCAUCUAAUCAAUCGAGUGGUCUUUUGUGUCGAUCCCAGGAUGCACGGCAUAUUUCAUGGAUGAUAGACUGGAGCAAAGAAUUUGGAUCCGUGGCAGGAGUGGUCUUCUUACCUGAGAAGAUGCAAAAGGGUUGCGUAGGAGUGGAUGGUGUAUUGACCUGGUUGAAAGACUUUGUAAAAGUUGUUACCCUGAGUGUCUAUGAUUACUCAUGCCAGCUUCAAAACUCACUCAGUAACAACUGCAGAAUGGUAUUUGCUUAUGCUCAUUUUCUACAUUACUCAUUUUCGAAAGGACUUUUGAGUGAGCUAGAGGUACAAAAGUUGUGUGCUGAAAUGCCACUAGUGAACAGUUAUGGUGGUGUAUCUGUGAAAAGAAAGGGAGUAUUAGUUCCUGCUAAUGGGAGCAAAUGGGUAGAUCUGAUAGGUAGUUCCAAUUCUUGGGGGAAUCAGGAUUAUGUGGUAUUAUCUGAUGAUUAUUUGCAUUCUGUGCAAUAUGCUGGUUACUGUACUCCAGAUAAGAAGAAGCUGAUGGAGUUUCUCAAAAGUUAUGCUGGUGCUUCUGAUAUUCCUGACGUAUGCCCUCCAGAUGCUGGCUUCCCAACUGUUUCCGGGCCAUUGACAAAAGAUAAUGUUUUCCUUUUGUUAGAAUGGAUUAGGAAGUUAAGAUACAAGGGCAUCAAAAUGCCUGAUAAGUUUUUGAGCUGCAUUGAGAAAGGAAGCUGGUUAAGAGUUACAAUGAGCGGCUCUCCUGUGUACAGACCACCUAAUCAGUCAUUUCUUUCUAGUUCAUCAUGGGGAAGUUUGUUACAGAAUGGUUCCGAAAUGGUUGACAUUCCUUUAGUUGAUCAGCGAUUUUAUAACUAUAAAAUCAAUGAUUACAAGGAGGAAUUAAAAGCAAUUGGGGUGAUGUUUGACUAUGGUCAAGCAUGUGAAUUUAUUGGGAAACAUCUCAUGGCUUUGGCCAAAGGUUCUAAUUUGACUAGAACCAAGGUUAUUGCAAUGCUUGAUUUCAUAAGAUAUUUGAGGGAGAAAAUGCUUUCGGUGGAUGAGAUUGUAAAUAGCGUCAAAGAGGUGAAAUGGGUGAAGACUUCAUGUGGUGAAAGAUCCCCUAUUGAAACAGUUCUCUUUGAUGACAGUUGGAAAAUUGCUUCAGUGAUUAGUCAGAUUCCCUUUCUUGAUCAACAAUAUUAUGGGAAUAACAUUCUUCAAUACAAGACUGAGCUCGAACUACUUGGUAUUACUGUGGGUUUUAAGGGAAAUCAUCAGAUUGUGCUUGACCAUAUUAAACCUUCGCCAAGCUGGAGGACUCUAAAGCCUGACCAUCUCCAGUUUGCUCUCAAGUGCAUUACAUCCUGUUCUCGUGCAUCAGAAAAACUUGUGGGUAUGAUGAAAAAUUCUGAAUGCUUAAGCACAAGUGUCGGCUUCAAGUAUCCCCGUGAUUGUUUCUUGUUUGACCGUGAAUGGGGGUGCAUAUUGCAGAUAUUUGAGGAUUUCCCAUACAUCGAUAACAGAUUUUAUGGGGACGGAAUAUUUAAGUUUAAAGAAGCAUUGCAGAAAAUUGGGGUGUUUGUUGAUUUUGGCAGUGCAACUAAGGCAUUAUCUAGUAUGUUUACGCAACGAGCUUCAACUCAUCAGCUUACCAAUGAUACUUCUCUAUCACUAAUCUCUUGUUAUAAAAAGUUGAAGCAUACACUGUACACCAUCCCUGCUGAUAUUCUUGAAGCUAGAUGGUUAAGAACUCGCCUUGGGGAUUUUAGGUCGCCCAAGGAUUGCAUUUUGUAUGAUACAGAUUGGCGUCCCAUUUCUGGGAUCACCCUGCUUCCUUUUAUUGAUGACAAGGAGAGUUGUUAUGGGAAAGACAUACAUGAGUUCAAGGAUGAGCUGAAGAGCAUAGGUGUAACGACUGAUUUCAAGGAAGGUUCACAGUUUGUUUUCUCUCAUAUCUUUUUCCCCCAAGAUCCUAGAGAAAUAACUCCCGAAUGUGUCAUCUCAUUGCUUGAAUGUGUUAAAAGAUUCCUAAAAAGCGGAAACUCCUUUCCAGAUAAUUUUUUGGUACAAGUUGAUCAGACAAAGUGGCUGAAGACCACUAUUGGUUGUAUGUCCCCAAAAGAGUGCAUGCUGUUUGAUCCCAAGAAAGGGUCUUUAUUGCAGCGAUGUGAUGGGCCUUUCAUUGAUGAAGAGUACUAUGGGGCGAAUAUUUCAUCCUAUAAGAAGGAGCUUUCUGUUCUUAAAGUUGUCACAGACAUGUCCAGUACUGAUGCGAGCUCACUACUUGCCAUUCACAUCAAGUCCCUUUGUGAGUUUGCUAAGAUUGAGCAUAUAUAUAGUUUCCUGAGUAAAACUGACUGGGAGCCUGAUGCUAAUUCUCUUGCGAGUAUUUGGUUCCCGACAAGCUCUGUUGAUGGUGUGUGGGUAACCGCGGAGGAAUGUGUUCUGCAUGAUGUUAACCAUCUUUUCAGCUCCAGGUUGUGUAUUCUGGAUCAGAAGUAUAACAAGCCUGAGCUGCUUGAUUUCUUUGCCAAAGCCUUUAAUGUUAAAAGCUGUCCCUCAACUGAUCAUUACUGCGAGCUUUGGAGUGAAUGGGAGAAUUCGGGACUUGUGAUAUCACAUGUCAAUUGUCGUGCCUUUUGGGUGCAUGUUAUUAGGCACUGGAGCAAGAAAACUGAGAAAAUAUUUUCUGAGAGUGUGACCAAAAUUCCUGCGGAUUCCAAAGGCUCUGAUGAUAUUCUGUUGCGUAAAAAGCAGGAUAUAUUUCUUCCAAAUGAUCUCUUACUGAAGAAUCUUUUUGAAAUGUCUUCUCCGUACUCUAUCUUUGUCUGGUGCCCUCCUGUGGGAGACCUGCCUUCGAUUCCUCGAGCUAUGCUUCUUGAUAUCUAUUCCAAGAUUGGUGUAAGGAAAAUUACAGAUUCUGUUAGCAUAUCGGAGCUAUCUGCUGUGGAUUUAGGUGAACUGGAGGAGGGGAAGUUGAAGGAUGCUUUUAUUGUUAAAGGGCUUGUAAUGAUCAUUUUAGGAUUUCUAUCUGACCCCUCAUUGAACACAGAAGUGAAAUUCAGGCAUGAAGCUGUUAAAAUGCUCCUGACCGUGAAAGUCUUUGUUACAACAAAGCCUAUAACAAUGUCCUACACUCUAGAGAUGUCUUCGGGUGACGAUGUUACAGCUAGCACAAGUCAAAUGGUUCGCUGGGAGAGAGAUAAUUCUAAGUUUUUCACCCAGAAACUCAACUGGUCAGGUGCAGACAAGGCUGUUGUAGAUUAUGCAACCAAGUUAGAAUAUGCAACGAAGUUCUCUCAAGUGAUAUCUGAAGGAUUGCUAUGGGAGAAAGAAGAUAAAAUUCAUAUACUUUCCGAUCUCAUUAAGGUCGGAGUCUUAAUGGAUUUUGAUGAAGAUGCUGUUAAGUUUUUAAUGACGUCGAAGAAUUUGCAGAUCUUUCCAGAGGAUGAAGAAUUCCUUUGCUCUGUCUUUCCUUCCUGCUAAUGCAGUGUCAUUGAUUUGCUACCAGCCUUGGUUUUGCCAUCAUUUCACCUGUCAGUUAUGGCUCUACUGCGGUUCUUCGUGAACAGACACUUUACAUUGUGCCGAACCUGUGUUGGACAGUCAUUCCAAUGAUCUCAUCAGUGUUCUUCUCAAGUGUUUUUUUUUUUUUUUGUAAGCGUGUUGGUAUAGUUUUCUAGGAAUGGCGUUGUUGAACAAUGUUAAAGGUGCUGAUUUUGUCUGAGAAAGACCAGCUGACUUUUGCUGUGUCAGUACGUUGUAAUAUAGUUGUAGUCUUGUAGACAAAUAGUAUCACUUGUUUACAGCAGCUUUAUCAUCGUAUCGAGUUCUCAGAUGUUUUGUUGAUUUUAUUUCAGGAAAUAAUAACAGUUUUAAGUAUAA